AGCACAGUGUCUUUUUUUUAAAUGUUUCCAGUGUUUUAGAUCCUACUGCUUCACCUGGUAGUCUAUUCCAUACAUUUAUAACUCUCUGUGUAAAAAAUGUGCUUCCUACCUUCUGUUCUAAACUUAAUGCUACUUAGCUCAUAGACUUUGUUUGUGUGUUUAUUUUCCUCUCCUGACUCUAAUAUUGCCUAUGACUCUACAGAAAAAGAAAUAAAUCAUCUGUUUGCUAUUGAUUGCACAAUGGUGGGACUGUUUAUCCUGUCCACUUGCCAAUUAAGCCAGACGUUUAAAAUAAUAAAAAGUGCACUGAGCAAUGAAGCAAUCCCAGGCAAACAAACCCCAGGAGCCUGUGUGUAUUUUGCAAUGUCUGUACCCAGCAGUCAUUUGACUCUUUCUUUGUUGAGCUGCUUAAAAUUCCUUCACUAGUUGACAUACAUUCCUUGAAGACAAACAGGUGACCUUACGAGAAGUUGCUUUCUUUGGGCGUUACACAACUGACAGUCAGCAAUGGUCAGAGUCUGUGAGGCUUGAGCCAGUGACUGCCCUGUAGCAACACCAAGGCAGCUGGAUUCUGAUCCUGGACUGCACGCAAGCCUGCGGCGAUGAUGAGGAAGGUGUUCGUUUUCCCUGGCCAGCCCAUGCCCUCGGAACCUCAGGAGACCAUGAGGAACCUGAACUGGCGGCUAGCCGGCUUCCUGGAGCAGGUCCGCAGCCUAGAGGAGAUCAACCAGGGGCUGGAGGGGCAGAUCUGCAGCUGGAUGAAGAGCCACACGCCCCAGCAGAGGGAGUGGAGCCAGGCAGAGGGAGCGUUGACCCAGCUCAGGGAGGAAGUACGCAGUCUGUUGGUAGAGAACGCAAACCUGACCCUUCAGUUUGACACCACCCACAUGGAACUGACACAUCUCAAAACCAGGUGUGCCGCUGAAGAGUCCCGAACAAGACUGCUGGAAGACAAGGUGUCGUCCCUGCGAGAGGUGCAGCGCAGCUUGGAUCAGCAGAGCUCUGAGCUGCAGGCAGAGCUGGAGAGGAGGAGGCGGGAGAUCAGAGACUUACAGCUGGAUCACAAUGAGGCAGUGCAGGCUCUGCAGCAGUCUUGUCUCCUUGCUCCUGAUGUUCUGCUAGUGCUGUCAGAGGACGAUGGGAGUGGAAUGGAACUCUCCCGACUCUUCAGUGAGAUCAGGACCCACUACGAGAAGCUCGUCAGCAGCAGCAGCAAUGGGACGGGGGCAGAGGUCCCGGGAAGCACAGCCAUCACCCAGCUUGAGGAAGCCCAGGAGAGUAUGAAUAGAGAUGAGGAUGCGUUGAAGGCUGCGAGGGCAGAGCUAAAUGAGGCCCGGAGGCAGUGGCAGAGUCUGGAGGUGGAGAUCGAAUCCCUCCACGCACAGGAGAAGGGUCUGGAGAACUCUCUGCUGGCUUCAGAGCAGCAGUACAAGAGUCAGAUCCAUAGCCUGGCCGCCGUGAUCCAGGGGCUGGAGGCUGAGCUGCGGGAGAUGAGGAAGGGCAUUGAGAGCCAGCGGCACCAGCACGAGAAGCUGUUCAACACCAAGGAGCGUCUGGAGAGGGAGAUCGCCACCUACCGCAGCCUGCUGGAGAGAGAGGAGAACAGGCUCCAUGGAUCAAAUGCCUCCAGGAAUACCUUGGAAUCAGACAUCUCCGGGAAUUCCCUGAAAUCAAGGACCUCAAUGAACGGCAUGGAGUCUCGUCCUUCCUGCCACGUAAUAAAAUCAGAUCCCUCCGGGAAUGUAAUGAAAGGGAACACCUCCAGGAAUGAGGGGGACUGCCCAGCCUUGAGGAAUGGUGUGGAACCAAGCAGCUUCAAGAAGCAUGUGAUGUCAAAGGCUUUUGAGAAUGACAUGAUGAAGAAAUCAAAACCACUGCGGAGACAGAAAAGCCUAGUGUUACUUCCAGCCUUGGAUAUUGAGAAGGAUACAAGGAUCGAGACCGUGACCACCCAUGAGAUCUUGCAGGGAAACGUGGUGAGGGAGAGUGCAGAAGCCCACGGCACCAUAGAAAAAGAGAAGAUUGACGAGGUGAUAAAGGAGUGGGAGGGCUCGUUCUUCAAGGGGAACCCCCGUCUGCGGAAGAAGUCUGUGUCACUGCGCUUCGAUCUCCACCUGGCCGUGGCCAACGAGAGCUGUGUUGAGACCACGGAGGACAGUGUGGCCGACGUGGAGGUCAGGCUGGUCAUGAAGAGGUCUCGAAGCAUCGCCACCAUCACCCCCUAACAUCCAGGGAUGGCCUCCCCCAAAAGCACCCCCCCCCCCCAACAGCACACCCCCAACAACCACAGCAGCACAGGAUCCAACACAACAGGCUUACAAAGCUUACAAUGACAUUUUAUCACCUAUCAUCAGCAUAACAACUGAUCUUAUAAGUCACAUGUUAUUGGUUUAGGAGAUGUUGGGAUGUUGAGAUCCAUACACAAGAUAGGUGAUUGGUUGAUUACUCGAAAGUGAUUUUUUUUUUUUAUUAUACCUUAGAAUAUGUGGUAACAUUUAAAUUAAUCUGGACUAGAUUUUUUGAAGCCAUGGAAAUUAGUUGCAACAACUUUGUUGACUUUUUAUUUCAUCCUUAACGAGAAACUUUUAAAAUCUGCUUGAGUGAAGAACACAUUUUGGUAAUGUAGGAUCAGGAGCCAGGAAUGGGGACAUGGAAGCAAAGUCUUCGAUAAUGAACUUUAUAUUGUUGUGUCAGGAAAAAAUGGGCAGACAUUAGUCAAAAGGGUCAACAGCAAAACAGUGAUGUACUGGUUGAGAAUGCUGUUAUGCUUAGUGUGUUUUUUAUGUUUUAUUAAUCCUGGGUUAUUAAAUAUUUAAAGGUAGUACAUCAUAAACAUGUGAUGUUCAAAAUUAGCAGGACACAAAUUAUCAAUCCACAGUCUAAAUGCACUUUGCAGCUAGUGGUUUAAAUGUAAUGCACGUUUACUGCAUUUGAACUGUAAUUGUUUUGGAUGGGGGCAAAUUGAAGGUAGCCCACAGUGCAAAGAUAAUGGUUUGCUCACAUUGGAUUAUGGAUGUACUGUUCUGUACAGGUGAUCUAAAGUAUACUGUACACUAUCUAAAUUGUAAUUGUAAAUUGCCAUGACAUCAUAAUAGUUAGAAUUCAGUGUUGCCAAAUCUGUGCCAAAAUGACAUCAUAUUACAGUAGCAUGGCACCUGAUUCCAGAAUGCUGGUGGAUUGUGGAAUUAGUACUUUAUCCUGGUAAUGAUGCAAAAGUAGUAAGAAGCCCUUUUUGUGAGCUCUUAAGAUAAAGGAAGUCUACCAAAGAUCAUAAAAAAAACUGACAUAGAAAAAUGGCCUUAUAAAAAUGUCCCA